AUGACGCCGGUCAAAAGGCCUCAAAGGUGGGCCCAUCGCCUCUUCAAUAGCGGCACGACACGUGUCCCCCUCCAUCCUCUUCCAGCUCCGGCCAUCGCUCGCCUCGUCAAAAGAAAAGAUCCAACCUUUCUCUGCUCUCCGUCUCCGUGCCUCCCUCCCAAGAAGAAGCAGACCCUGAGAGAGCGAGAGAGAGACAUGGAAUCCUUCCUCCUUGAGUACGCCAUGAUGGCCGGCAACAACGUCAAGGCGCAGCGCGACCGCCUGCUGCAGCUCCAGCGCCGCCUGCAGCGCCUCCAGGCCGCCACCGCUGAAGACCACAACGCCAAGCUCGGGGUGCUCGCCAUGGACCUCUUCAAGGUCUACUACAUCGGCCUGGAGUACGGCGCCCGCACGCUCACCACCUGUAUCCGCUUCGCUCGCCAGAAAGGCGUUCUCCUCUCCCCGCCCACCAUGAAUUUCGCCGUCAUGAACGACGAGCAGCUCCACGACGCGCUGCUCGCGCAGCAGUUCCCGGCCCGCCCCACCACCCACACCCAGGCCAUCGACCGCGCCAUGGCCGCCCUCCUGGCCAUCAAGCUGUUGGAGGAGCACCUCCUCCCGCGCUGCGUCGAGUGCCUUGUCGGCGGCGAGGCCCCCGUCCCCGGCAGGCCCCGCGACCCAUCUCCCGACCCGGUCGCCGCCGACACCACCGAGGGCCUCGCCAACGCCGACCUCUCCGACGACCCGGACGCCACCGCCAAGACCGGAAGCAAGCCCCGUCACGCAGCCAGAGGAGGCGGCGGCGGCGAGGUGGAGAAGGCGCUGGACUACAUGUACCGCGCAAACAGGAUGGUGAGCCUCGCCGUGAAGCACAUCGACGUCUCCGUCGCCGUCCUCUCCCGCUUCCUCGACCCCAAGAAGCUCGCCAGCCUCACCGACUACUGCGACGACCACAUCUACAUCUCCGAGGAGGGACCCUAUCCAUCAUCCGAUUCCGAUUGACGACUUCACCUCAUCGAUCGAGAUUCCAUUCGAGGCUGUCGACCAAGCGAUCCCAUCCGUGCAUUGCUGAUUGAAGCCGUGCUCUCGUUAUCAGUCCUUUUAUUUUACUGUAUCAUCAUGCAGGCUUGUGGUUUCAGACUUCAGUUCAGUUUGGUCAAAUUUAUCUGCUGCCAUGAUCUUCUACUUGUGCCUGAUUCCUGGACGGCCGUGGCUAUCUAUCUUAGCUCCAUCUAUCAGGGGUAAUCAAUGUACUAGUGUAAUGUUGAUCUGCAUCUUAUCUUAUCUGUGGGACAAAAAAUCGAAUCGAAUUGCAGGAGCUACCUUAAUUAGCUUCAUC